CCUUCGUGACAGCUCCAAGCCACGAUGCAGGCUCUCCGAUACCCACUGCGCUCGGCGCUCACCAAAUCCGCUACCAGGCAGUAUGCGACAGGCUCUUCGCAGUAUGCCGAGACCAUUAAGAACCUCCGUAUCAAUGGCGACACAAAAGUGCUGUUCCAGGGCUUCACUGGAAAGCAGGGCACCUUCCACGCACAACAAGCGAUUGAGUACGGCACAAAAGUUGUCGGAGGCACCAACCCCAAGAAGGCCGGCUCAGAACAUCUCGGCAAGCCCGUCUUUGCCAGCGUAGCGGAUGCUAUCAAAGAGACUGGUGCGACCGCUUCCGCCAUUUUUGUCCCCCCGCCAGUUGCCGCCAAGAGCAUUGAGGAAGCCAUCGCUGCAGAGGUACCUUUGAUUGUGACCAUCACCGAGGGCAUCCCACAACAUGACAUGGUCCGCAUCACCGACAUGCUCAAGUCGCAGAACAAGUCCCGCAUGGUCGGCCCCAACUGCCCUGGCAUAAUCGCUCCUGGACAAUGUAAGAUUGGCAUCAUGCCUGGCUUCAUCCACAAACGCGGCCGUGUCGGAAUCGUAUCUCGCUCCGGAACCCUCACGUACGAAGCCGUGAACCAAACCACCCAAGCCGGCCUUGGCCAGUCGCUCGUUGUCGGCAUUGGUGGAGACCCCUUCUCAGGAACCAACUUCAUCGACUGCCUCAAGGUCUUCUUGCAGGACGAGGAGACGGACGGUAUCAUUAUGAUUGGAGAGAUUGGUGGCUCAGCCGAGGAGGACGCCGCAGAUUUCCUCAAGGAGUACAACACUGCCAACAAGCCCGUUGUCAGCUUCAUUGCUGGCAUCUCUGCGCCUCCAGGCAGGCGUAUGGGCCACGCUGGCGCCAUUGUCAGUGGAGGAAAGGGUGAUGCCAACUCCAAGAUCAACGCCCUCGAGGCUGCUGGUGUUGUCGUUGAGCGCUCUCCUGCCAGGCUUGGAUCGACUCUGUAUGAUCAGUUCGUCAAGCGUGAUCUGAUAUAGACAACAUAGGACAUGCCUGAUUUCGUGGUUG